GUAGUUCUAUGCGGGGCGUGCACAAGCAGAGCUGCUCGUCCUUGGACAGGGAAGACAGACUCACAAGACUUGACUGAACAGGCACAGCAAGGAGAGGCGACGCGACUUUAUAGAAGCCAUUUCUCUGGUGUUUUCUCGAGAAAGUUGUCAGCCUGUUUUUAGGUUGUUUUUUUCAGCGACAUAUCCAGGCUGUUUGCUGCUGUGUUUUGUGGCUUGUUUUUCUCGCGAGUUGGGACGUAAAAAACGGGAUUGAACUAACCAGCAGACAUUUUGUCAUCCCCCCCUCAGACACAUUUUUCAACCCAGCAAACUUGUUCGACCUGGUUUAUUUAACAAUUUAAAAAAUCUCUUCAUUUUUUUGUAUUGUUUUAAGCUGAACCGAGUGAGUGUGACAAUUCCAAAUGUCCCACGGAGCGAUGUAUCAUUUUUGAUUGACAUCUUUUUUUGGGGUGGGGGGAGUAUUAGCUUAGCCUAGAUGCUCGCUGGUUAGCUCUAACCACGACGUCAUUCCCAAACCAAAGUCAAAAUUUGAGUUUUUAUUUGGGUUAGGGUGAGUGUGUUUUGGGGAGGGAGGGGGCGUCUCGCUAGCUAGCUGUGAGCUAGACGCUGGACAGCUCCACUUGGACCAGUUCUUUUUGGGAGGGGGGGUGGGGGGGACAAAGGAAAAAUAUCAACACACGGCUUUUUUGUUUUAGGGGGGAAAAGACAGCAACAAGGGACUGACAUGAUGUUUCCACAAUCAAGACACUCAGCUUCAUCGCAGCAGCUGAAAUUCACAACGUCCGACUCCUGUGACAGGAUCAAGGACGAGUUCCAGUUCCUCCAAGCGCAAUACCACAGCCUGAAGCUCGAAUGUGACAAGCUGGCCAGUGAGAAGUCGGAGAUGCAGCGUCAUUACAUCAUGUACUAUGAGAUGUCCUACGGGCUCAACAUUGAGAUGCACAAACAGGCUGAGAUUGUGAAGAGAUUAAACGGGAUCUGCGCACAAGUCCUCCCAUACCUGUCUCAGGAGCACCAGCAGCAAGUCCUGGCAGCCAUCGAGAGGGCCAAGCAGGUCACCCCCCCAGAGAUGAACUCCAUCAUAAGGCAGCAGCUCCAGGCCCACCAGCUGUCUCAGCUCCAGGGCCUGGCGCUGCCCAUGACCCCCCUGCCGCUGGGCCUGAGCCAGCCCAGUCUGCCCGCCGUCACCACCUCCUCCGGCCUCUUCUCCCUCUCUUCCCUGCUGGCCUCCCAGGCACAGCUGGCCAAGGAGGAGAAGGCCUCUCGCGACGCCGCCGACAGCCACCGCGAGGAGGACGGCGACAAGUCUGACUAAGCGGUGCCCCUCCUCGCCCCUGGCCUCUCUCUAUCUCUCUGUUUCUCUCUCACUCUCUUGAGGUUUCAACGCGGAGACCACCCCCCCCCCCCGAACCCCCCGACUUUCACUCUUCUCCACUGAGACAAAAUGGCCUCCCGAGUUUCUCACCAGACUCCGAAUUUCUUCAUAUUUUCAUGACUCUUUUUUAUUGAAUGUUGAAAAAAAAGCUUCAAGCUUCAUGCUCUUUAUUUCUCCUUCUUUUUUUCCCUUUCUCCUCCACCUGACUUUUCUACCUACAUUUAUCACGACCGGCGCUGCGUUCAAGACUACUGGGAAGUAGGGAGUGCCCCCCACCCCCCGUCCCCCCACUUUCCCCCAGGCAUUCCACCGGAAAGUAAAUAAACAAUGGGCAGUCAUGAUAAUGGCUUAAUCAUUCCAUUAAUUGAUUAAUCAUGUUUUCAAGUGAGGCACAAAGGAGUGCACUAUGGAUCGCAUUCGUGUUGGAUGUUAGGUUCAGCCAAGACUCUAAAUUGUCCUUAGUUGUUCAUAUCUGUUUGUUUACUUGGCAACCAGUCCGGGUUGUACCCAACCUCUUCUCCAAAAUCAGUUAGCAUUGACUCCAGCUUACCUGCAACCCUCAUGAAGACUUUGAAUUAAGGCUGAACGAUUCUGAAAAAUAAUCUAGUUGUGAUCUCCCCACGCCCCCAUUCUUAUUAUAUUUGCAAUUUAAUAUGUGAUUGUUUUUUUCAAGGUCCUUCUCCCAUACAUUUUUAAUAAUGCUAGCAAUAAAUUAAUCUGUAUUACACAUUUAACAGAUUUAGAAUGCAUAAAUGUACUGGUACGCCGAAUUAGAAGCUAUAUACCAAAAAAAAAAAAUCCAAAACAAUUAAGCCGACCAACUAACCAAAAUGAGCAUUUUUUUUCUUACCAAAUUGCAGCCUUUACAAUUUGAAAAUGUCCUUCUUCCACAUUGCGAUGUCAAUUUGAAUUUGAUCAAUUGGUCCACUUUUCAUGCAGAGCAAAAAGCUUGUCUGAAAAGCCCCUUUCCAUUAUAACCAAUACAUCUCAUUCAGAUCAUCUGAUGGAAUUUAUAUACAGUAUGAGAUUGGAAAUAUCCGUUUUCCCCAGUUUUCUUGAACGCAGCAAAUGGUAAACACAGGAGUUGUUUGUCUGGCCUGUAAAACACACUUAAGUAUCCAUAAACUCUUUUUUUUCUCCCCUCAUGAGAUUGCACGUGUCGGAAUCUUUGAACUCUUGUGCAACCCAAAACAACAGCACCUACACAAGCAUGUAAACAGCCCUGGAGUCGGAAAUGGGUUAUAUAAAUGUCUCAUUUCAUUGACGGUGUUGUCCACCCAGAUGGACUUAAAAGAAUCAAGAGUGAUCUUGUUUGAAAUCUUGCUAACCAAAACAGUAGCACCUACAGAGGAGGAUCUAGCCUUCAUGUAAAGGGCCAAGCAGGGGGUCAGUGUGGAAGAGGCGAGAACUUAGACGAUGUUACGAGGGACUAUUAGGGCCACACUGGGGGAGAAUGAGAAGAACAGAUUUGUCUUUUUUUUCAACUCAUAAGAUCCUGACUUUUUUUUCUUUUCACAAUAUUGCAACUUUUUCUCAGCAGUUAUUCUUAAAAACUGCAUAGUUGUCAUCUUUUUGUCUCAAAAAAUGUGAUUUGUCAUGGAUUUUUUUUCUCUCAAUACAAUGAUUUAUUCUCAAAAGAAUAUAUAACCGAAGAAAAAAAUAUCUGACCCUUUUUUUCCCAAAAACAGAACCAUUCUCAUAGUAUUUCUUUCUCAAAUAAAUUUCAGAUUUAAUCUUAAAAUUUUCUUUAUUCUUGUACAGUCACCUUUUGUCUUUAUCCAAGAAAUACGACUUACUGCUCAUACUGUCUUUUUUUUCUUCUAAAUUACUUUCCAUCUGAGCAAAAAAGUUGACUUUUGGCGGGAACCCCACCCCAAAAAAUAUGAAUUUAUCUUCAUUCCAUUUAUUGACUACCUUAAAAAAAGUGACUCCCCCUCUGUUGAUUUUACAACUUUGUAAAAAAUUGUCUUAUCCAAAAAAAGAACUUUAUUUGAAUAUUACAUCUCUUAACCCUUUCAUGCACCCUGUGAUCUGAUAACACGAUGAUACUGUGGUCACCGCUGUCCCUGAAAGGGUUAAAAUAAACACAUAAUCAAACUUUCUAUCAAAAAAUAACACUUUUUAUCUUUUGGAAAGUAUGACUUAAUUUAUCACUUUUUCUCACAGAAGUAUCCAACUGUUAUUCCGACAACGUCAGUCUCAUCAUAUCCGUUUGUUCCUUUUAGUGUAGGGCUAAGGCCAUAUGCUUCAAAAACCUCUCAUGAUAUUUCAUGUCAGUCGAUAUUGAUAUAGAUUGAAAACAAAUGAAUUCACUGGUCAAUUUCAAGAUUAAAUAAAUAACUUAUGGAGCAUUAUGUGUUUAGUAGGGCUGGGCGAAUCACAAUAUACAGUAGGUGUCUUAUAUUAGUCUCUCAAUAGUUAAUUAUUUUUUUCCAUAUCCAGAAAAAUAAAAAAAAUAAAUAAAAACACAACUAUCAAGAAGAAAAAUACCAAUCAAAAUAUCUGGUAGUAAAAUAUGGUUUUGUGUUCCAAAUUUACUUAUGGGUGCUUCUAAUUCCGACCCAACCUCAUAGUGGAUCCUCUGCCGACAACACGCAGAAUGCUUAGGUUGUGGUGAUACUUCCUAAUUUUUUUUUGGUAAGCGCUAUUAUCUUGUGUGCAAAUUCUGUUGAUAUUGAUACGGUGUCGAUUGUGAUAUAUAUUGAUAUUGAAUUAUUGCCCAGCCCUAUUUCAGUGUGUCCUUAAUACCCCAGGGUGGCCAAUAAAAGCGCCUCAUUAAAGCACUGUGUCUGUUGUGUGUGUUAGCAAGUGAGGGGGGGUGAGGGUAGCAUUGUGUGGAUUUGCUGUCCAAACUGCAGGAAGGACAACAAGACACCCGUACAUUACCCUUGUGUUAGCAUGUGUCUAUAUGGGUCCAUCUACUUUGUAUAUCUUAUCGGAAUAAUCCAUUUCUCUGUUUGUUAAUGCAGGGCAUCAUCCUCCUGACUCUCUUUUAUGCUGUGCUUAUUGUAAUGAAGCCACACACACAAACACACAUAUACACAGACACACACGUGUCACUGCUUGAUCCGCAGGGGAAGAAAAUUACUUCUUUUUUUUAAGAGAGCUUUUUUUGUGAUCAGUGCAUUUGUUUUUCUUGUGUUGAAUUUGUAGUAUACUCAAUAUAUUUUAGUGGCAUCGCAGCCUGCCGUACUAAAAAAAAAACUCAACUGUUGUAAAAAAAAAAAACAUUUGAAAAAAAAAUCAAGGGAAAAAAACAUGUAACCCACAAAUGACGAUCAUAUAUAAUGACAAUAAACAUCAUAUUUUUCAUAUAUUGAGUGUGGCUCUCCUGGUAGGAAAAAACUAUGUAUUAGUUAACAUAGGUGAUACCUCCGUGUACACUUGGACAUGCAUCGAAAGCUUUAUGUGUACAUACAGUAUAUUCUGAAUGGUUGUUGUUUGGGGUGGGUGAUCUUUGGCCUCUUUUCCUUUCCCUCCUCUCAUCCCGUGACUUGCUAGCUCAUAGCGUGAAUUAUUGUAAGCAUUAUAAGCUCUUUUUUCUUUGUUUUGUUUUUAAUACUAUGAUGUAAAACCUAAAAGUGAAAAUGUUUUGUGUCCUCCAUCCAACCUACAUUCAAACAACAACAGGGGGUGGGGGGAACUAUCAAAAGUACAGCAGACAUUUAUGUGAAACAAUAUGAAAUGUGCAGUAAGGAAGGACUUCUGGUGCCUUACAAAUAAAGUCAAUCAAAUCAUAA